AUAAACAGCAUCCCAAUUCAUAAGCCUUCUGCAACAUCCAUCCAUGGACUUUAAUUGCUUGAUUUCACCCUUUAGUAGUCAUGGCUGCUAAAAGUUUUCCCUUCUUCUCCUUGAUCACUCUCGGCCUCCUCCUUGCCCUCAUUGCCCUCCUUUUCCGUACAAGAACUCCGCCCGACUCUUAUGACCAAAAUACAUCACCUUUCGGAUUUCUCAAGCAUCUUCAAGGAUGCCACAAGGGUAAGAAGGUCAAAGGCAUUCAUGACCUCAAAUUGUAUCUUGAAAAGUUUGGUUAUUAUCACCAAACCAAAAACAUCAACACACAUGCCAAUGAUGAUUUUGAUGAACUCUUGGAAUCAGCUGUCAAAACGUACCAGCAAAAUUACCAUUUAAAGGCCACUGGGAUUUUGGAUGCUGAAACGAUAUCCAAGAUGAUGGCGCCUCGUUGUGGCGGAGCAGAUAUCAUCAAUGGUACAAACUCGAUGCAAUUGGGCAAGAAGAAUCAUCACCACCGCAUGGGCUUAUUUCAUACUGUUUCUCAUUAUAGUUUCAUGUCCCCAAACGCCCCAAAGUGGCCAACCUCAAAGUAUCAUCUCACCUACGGGUUUCUCCCAGGAACCCCAACUCAAGCCAUGAGUCCCGUCGCACAAGCUUUCCGAACAUGGGCAGGAAACACCCACUUCACCUUCUCGCAAGCUCAAGCCCUAUCAAACGCAGAUAUCACUAUUGGUUUUGGUCGUAGGGAUCAUGGAGACGGGAGUUCUUUUGAUGGAACUGGUGGAACCAUUGCGCAUGCUUUUGCGCCAACAGAUGGAAGGUUCCACUAUGAUGCAGAUGAACCCUGGAGCGUGGGUGCUACUCCUGGUGCAUAUGACUUGGAGACAGUUGCUUUGCAUGAAAUUGGGCACCUUCUUGGACUUGGGCAUAGCUCAGUUAAAGGAGCAAUCAUGGAACCCGGUAUCUCUCAAGGAGUGACUAAAGGCUUGCAUGCAGACGAUAUUGAAGGAAUUAAAGCCUUGUAUAAUGUUAAUACAAGAAAACCGCUUGGUUGUUGUCUAUUAUUUCCUACGAAAAAGAUUAUUGCCUGUCAUGAUAAGUCUAGUUUAGACAAUUCUCACCACAAAUAGUCAUUUUCGUCAAAAAUAAGUCGUCAUAUAUACUCAAUUUUCUUGUGUGUGAGAAACGUCUAAGAAUUUAAUGAGAAAAGGUUAUAAUUAUAGAAUAAAGCAUUUGUUGUUUAUAAA